AUGCCAAACGAUAUUGAUAAAGCUCGAUUAAUUCAAAAAUUUGGUAUUCAUGAAAAACAAACUACUAAAAAUCGAACCGAUCCAAUACAAAGACAAAGAUCAUUAUCAAUUAGAUCUACUGGAUCUGGCUAUGCAUUCUCGCAACAAAAAGGUUGGGGUCCAAUGAUAACAUCAGGUACUUUACGAACAAAAUCGGCAUCAAGUCUACAUUCUCGGCGGCAUCAUAAAAAAUGA